AUGGCGUUCCUCGAGGACCCUCGGCUCCGGCAGCGAUGGAACCAAAUCGCUCACGACGCCGAGGCCGUGACGGAGAACGCCGCCGCCGGCAUCUGGUCCUUCCAGCACAACUACAUCAACCCUUGCUUCGGCUCCAUCGCCGACUCCAUCGAGCAGUGCACGACGGUAUGCCUCGGCGACCCCGAUGAGCGACUGCGCCGGCGGCGCGAACGCGAACGAGCGCAUGGUGUGGCCGAGUACAGCUUCGACUUCUACGACGACUGGUACGAGGAGGAGAACGGCGCUGGUGGCGGGGGCGGAGGCCUGCUCGGCAGCUGGGGCGGCGAGGACUGGGACCGCCUCCUCGCGGGCACCGGGAGCGCGCGCAAGCACGCUGGCGGCGAAACAGCCGAGCAACCGCGUAGGAAACGGGGCAUGAGCUACGGCACCAGAGGGCCCCGGAGGAAGUCGAGCGAGCCGGACCCGACCAUCAUCCCUAGCACCCAGCCCAUCGGCUUCCUCAGCAAGCUGCCGUGGAAGAUGGGCGGCACCCUGCGGUACAAGCCGAGCGCCGCCGACCUGCAGGAGCAUCCCGGGAAGCACGAUCAGGGGCAUGGGCUCGCAGAGACGGAGCCCCUACUGGGGCCGGACACUGACUCGAAUGAUCCCCCGCUACGCGUAAUGCGCCAGCGUAGCGGGACGACGGGCUCCGGGGACACAUCUGAUUCAUACCGCUCCCGCGGCGACCUGUUCCCGAGCGACGGCGAAGGCGACGAAGACGCCGUCCCCCUAGACGACGAAGUGACCUACGACAUGAUACGAAAGGACGACAGGAGCAGUGGCAAGACGUCACGGACGCGUAGCAGCAAGGGCAAGCGGCCAGCAAAUGGGCUCGCGACGAGGACGGUGUCGAGGACCACGCUGGGCUCCAGCAUGUCGGGCGAGUCACCCGAGCUGGACCGCACCAUGAGAUCCCUGCCCGCCACGCCCGACGCCGAGCGCGUACUGUCUCUGGAAGACCUGGAGCGGGAAGAAGAGCUGCUGCGGCAGGAAGAAGAAGAGGAGGUGGCGAGAAGAAAGGAAGCGGCAACGCAACUGGCGGCUCGGAUGGGGCUGGGGAACGACGCCGGAACCCAUCCUAGGUCCGGAACAAAUGCGAGCUCCUCCGAAGGAGGCUUUGACCCCGGCCCCGAGUCCGAGCCUAUUGCACACGAGCAGGACACCAACGGGCAAGGCUCGGGAGACCGGGGGCACAGGAAACCGGAGGAUGACCCCCCUACACCAGCAGGAGAUGGUGUCGGACGGCGGCAAGGUGGAGAGACGAAAGGUACACGGGAGCUGGACUUUCAUGCCGCGCGUCUGCCUAACUUUGGGUGA